UUUAAUCGCAGGCGGCAUAGAAAUGAGCAAACCAAAGAGAAGUCACAUAGCAUGGAGAGAAUUGUUUACGGCGACUGCUGGAAACUGUUGCAGCGAUUUAGCAGCGCUGUCGCCGCGACCGCCGGCCAGGAUGCCAAAUUUGAGCUGUUCUGCGAAAUGUGGCAUACAUUGCGAAUGCAGCACAUCUACUCGGCGCAAACGAACCACAUCGAAGUGAUCGAAACGACAAUGGCCGCACUGCAUGUAGCCAAGCGAGUUGCAUGCGGCCGUCGCACCAACGGUGAUGCAUUUGCAGCGACGCGCGCCGAACGCAUUGGCGCCAUAUAUCUGCUGUAUGCGAUUUACAACAAGCAGCCGACCAUGCGCUUUAUCAAAAUCGAGGUUUCCCCAAGCACCUGGCAAUGCCUGACCGGCUAUGUGGAGCAGCUGCGUCGAGUGGAAGCGGAACGAAGGGAUACGCAGCAGGUGAGCUAUGUAUUCUGGCGACUGGUUCAAGAUCAAGCGUUUCGCUAUACAGCAUUGGACUACUGUCAGGCAUUGGAUGCCCUGGCCGCAUACGACAGCUUGGAGAGUUUUGCGGAAUCUAAGAAAACCAAGAAUAAAACGGCGCUCUUAAAGCACCAACUGACGCAGAGCGAAGCCAACAUCAGAGAGGAGCUGCACAGCCUGGCGCAACUGGCGCAUGCAGCGCAGUCCGCUUGCCAGUUGGAGACGGAAUACAACAAACAAAUGGAACCGCAUCGUGCUUCGUUCCCGGCCACAAACAUUUUCAGCCAGCUGUGCGACGCGUUUGUCGAGCUAAACGAUCUGCUUGCGGACAAGGAAAAGCCGACAACCUCCUCCGUCUGCAGCUCGGAUCAACAGAAUGUGCGAAAGCGCAUCCGCCAGAAAGCAAUGUGGAAUAAUUCCGAAGAAACGCAACCCACAGUUGAUGCGGAGCAAGAGGAAGAGGAGGAAAAGUCAUCAACUGAUCUAUACGAUCGACGCAUGUCCGCGGCGACAGUCUUCAAGCGCAAAUUGCCGGAGGAUGUGAUUAGAGACUUGGAAUGCUGACUCUGAUAAUGGUGCGAAGGGUGACCUGAUAUUUAAAAUUGUACAACAAAAUAAACAUAAUAUACGAUAAAAUAAAAUAAAUACGAAAGAA